UAUUGAUGUUUUAAUGAUAAUAUUUGUCAUACUUGUAGCUUAACAAACUGAAAUUAGUUUUCAUACAGCUCAUUAGUGUUGAGCAGGUUUUUUAACUUCUGUUUGAAAAGCUUCGUUGCCGAAAUAAUUUAUUCUGCUCUAGUAUCUAUUUGAAUUUGUCUUGAAAUAGAUGAGCUGCGCUGUAGAUAGACCCUCCUCCCCAUCCUUUAAAGUCAUCAGGAAGUUUGUUUUUUAACAAAGAGCUGUGAAAGGUGUUGUGCUUCACUUCUCUUUGAAAAGCCUGAGACACAGUUGGACUAACUCUGAAGUCAGGAGCUUGAAGUUUCAGCAUGAUGAGCCGUCCACAGAAAUACAUAGAAGGUGAAGCUCUUCACUCUCAACAUGCAAAAUCAAACAAUGCGUUAAAGCUCAGAGUGGCCGUGCUGGUUGUCUGUGUUCUCCUGGUAUCGGCUCUCGUGGUAACUUAUCUCUUGUUGGAGCUUUUGAAAACCAGGGACAUGCUCAGAAACCUUGAGAUGAAGCAGGAAACUGUAAAAGCUGAUGUCACAGAGAGACCUCCUGAAAUCAAACCAUGUAGUACAGUGCAGCCCACAUGCCCGGAGCCUGAAGUAAAAAUUAUAACACAAACGUGCAGCCCAAUACAAACUACAAGCCCACAACCUCCUGAAAUAAACAUGAUAAAACAAUCACACAGCACGAUACCGACUACAACCCCACAACUUCCUGAUAUAACUAUGAAUGAUCCAUGUUAUAAAUGUGAAGAUGGCUGGAAGCAACAUGGAGGAAAGUGCUAUUACUUCUCCACCAAUUCCUCCUCCUGGAAUGAGAGCAGAACUGAAUGUAGGACUAAAGGAGGAGACCUGGUUAAGAUAGACAGCAGUGAGGAGCAGAGAUUCUUGCAGACAAAAACUGAAGAAUUCUGGAUCGGACUGACAGACUCAGCAGAAGAGGGCAGAUGGCUGUGGGUGGACGGAUCACCACUGAAUGAAAGGUUGACAUUUUGGUUCCUUACCGAGCCAAAUAGUUAUCCCGUGCAAGAUCCUGAUGGAGAGGACUGUGCGAUGAUGGGGCAAAUGGGGAUAAUGUUUUGGUUUGAUCAUUCCUGCAAAUUAACUCUUAGAAGUAUUUGUGAGAAAGCAGCUGUGGCUGUGUGUGUCUAAAAUUCAGUUCAACAUUUAAAAAAAAACCGUGAAGGUAAAGGACACAUUGAGACAAUUUUUCCAAAGCUAAUGCUGCAAACAUUUAAAGCUUCCAUUCAGAAAUGUUUAUAAUGAAAUAAAUGUGAAUGAUUAUUUUGUGCUUGAUUUUCUUAUUCAUGUAUUAUGUGCUAAAAGUGUAAUGCGACCAGGGAAAUUGUUUUUUUAUAUAAAUAAUUUCCUGGAUAAUGUGUUAUUGAACUGUCUGCUGUACAGUCUUUUGAAGCUAAAUGUGUUUUGUGUAUCUAUAUUAAAGAAAAGUACUACAUCUAAAGACAAAUGAGGCUGGAGUCAAAACAAACACUGAUGAGGCAGAUGGGUGCUGCAGGUCGAUAUCUGAAAAUUUUACCUGUAUGAAAAUUAAAUUAAACUACAUAAAGAGACUUCAGUGUUACUCAGAAUAAGUAGUUUUAUGUGAAUCCAGUUACAAUAAAACAAAUG